AUGAAGAUCAAGGAUUCUUCUUAUGUCAAGUGGCCACCUAGGCUGCGGGGAGAUCCGACAACCGAAAACCCGAAUGUCUAUUACCACUUCCAUCACGACAUCGGGCACAGUGCUGAGAACUGCCAGAACCUCCGCGACAAGAUUGAAGAGCUAAUCCACCGUGGAUACUUGAAGAAGUAUAUCCAAGAUGAAGGGUGCACUACAAUAGCAAGAAAAAACACAAUCCAGGAACUAGAGCAUGAAGAAGAGAACCCACCGAAACGACCUCGUGUAAAAGAGCCCAUGUACUUCAUCGAGGACGAUGCGCGUGGGAUACAGUAUCCGCGUGAUGAUGCCCUCGUCAUCAAGCUUGUGAUCAAUAGCUUUGAGGUGAAGCGGGUCCUGGUAGAUUCAGGGAGUUCGGCGGACAUCAUAUUCCUAGAAGCCUUCGACAAGUUGCAGUUACAGUGA